AUAACCAAAUACGAAAUGGCACGCGCUGUGUGGACGAAGCUACUUUCGGAUGCCUCCAUCAAAAGGUCAUCGCAGGCCUUGUCCAUUAUUGCCAACAAUGCAUAUAUUUACGGCGGGGAGCUGCGGCCCCGAGAGCCGGUGGACUCGGCUGUGCACUGCGUACCUAUAGCCGGUGACGGAAUGUCUUCGGAUUUGAUAUCCGCGAUUGCCAGCACGUCCGACACCCCACAACCAAGAGUUGGAGCUGCAUCUACCGCAAUCGACGGGAAGGUCUAUGUGUUUUCAGGCCAAGAAGAAGGUGCAUUCUGGGUUUUCGACCCGGUUGGUAGUGCCUGGUCCCAAGUCAAGCCCGCAGACUCUCGGCUUCCUUACCCAGUUGGACGCAGUUACCAUACUCUCACAACCGACGGCAAAGACACCAUCUUUCUGCACGCCGGGUGCCCUGAAAAAGGCCGACUGCGCGACCUAUGGGCGUUCAACAUCUUCACUCCCCAACCAGAAAGAGGCGGGACGUCCAUUGCAUACGCAGAGGGAAAGGUCUUCCGCAUGAGCGGCUUUGAUGGCCAAAAGGAACAAGGAGGGGCGUUGGACGUGUUCGACCUCGAGAAUAAUGAGUGGAGCACCAUUACGUACCCAGCCGAUGGAAUCUCGGGGCCGAGUCCACGGAGUGUAAGCUGCCUCCUAUCGCUCAAAAUUUCCGACAAGCCCUGUCUAGUCACGAUGUUCGGUGAGCAUGAUCCCAGUAACCUAGGCCACCAGGGAGCGGGUAAAAUGCUUGCAGAUGUGUGGCUCUUCGAUCUGAAGUCUCAGAAAUGGACGGAAAUCCAGGUGGAUGCUGAGAACGCUCCUCCAGCGCGCGGAUGGUUCGAUGCAGAUGUGAUCACAAACAAUUUGCGUCCCCGUAUUGUCGUCCAUGGCGGACUUGCUGAGUCAAAUGAACGCCUAGGUGAUAUAUGGCGGCUCGAUUUCUAAAUAGUGUCGUUCCAUUCGCCAUCACACUCUUGCGUCAGGUCGACAUAAGCAGCUGUAGUCCAUAAUGGUUAGCUUCGGUGCAUGUAGAAGAUUGAAGAUAAGGAAUGCUUGCAUACCAUCAAUGUUGAAUGUCUCACCCAUUUUGCCGGUUGGAGCAGUCCCGCGAUGACAAUUGAAGC